CUCUACCUCUUCUUGAAAUUCAACAUUCAAAAAUUCCCCUCUUCUUCUCUCCCCUAUAAAUUCAAGCCAAACCCUCAGCCUCUCUUCAGAUCUAACCUACCAACUUCAAGCAAAAUUCUCAAUCUCUCUUCUCCUAGAAAAUCCCCAAUCGAAUUUUCCCUAAAAAUGCCUGCCAUCCCAGAAGAGCAGCUCCUCGCCCCAAACCCAGAUCGUUUCUGUAUGUUCCCAAUUCAAUAUCCACAAAUAUGGGAGAUGUACAAGAAAGCCGAGGCAUCCUUUUGGACUGCCGAGGAGGUCGAUCUCUCUCAAGAUCUCCGCCAUUGGGAAACCCUAACUUCCGAUGAGAAGCACUUUAUCACCCAUGUUCUUGCCUUCUUUGCUGCCUCUGAUGGUAUAGUUCUUGAAAAUCUCGCUGGCCGUUUUAUGAAGGAAGUUCAGGUAGCUGAGGCUCGUGCUUUUUAUGGAUUCCAAAUCGCUAUUGAGAAUAUUCACUCUGAGAUGUACAGUCUUUUGUUGGAGACUUAUAUCAAAGACUCCAAUGAGAAGAAUCGUUUGUUUCAUGCCAUCGAUACCGUUCCUUGUGUGGCUAAAAAGGCUGAGUGGGCUCUCAGGUGGAUUGAUGGUUCGGAGACUUUCGCUGAGAGGCUGAUCGCUUUUGCCUGUGUGGAGGGGAUAUUUUUCUCUGGAAGCUUCUGCGCAAUAUUUUGGCUAAAGAAGCGGGGACUCAUGCCUGGAUUAACAUUUUCAAACGAGUUGAUCUCUCGAGAUGAAGGCUUGCACUGCGAUUUCGCGUGUUUGCUAUACGGACUGUUGAGGAAGAAGUUGAGCGAGGAGCGUGUGAAGGGGAUAGUGCGAGACGCAGUGGAUAUUGAGAGGGAAUUUGUGUGCGACGCGCUUCCCUGUGCGUUGGUAGGGAUGAACGGGGAACUGAUGAGCCAGUACAUUGAGUUCGUGGCUGAUAGGUUGUUGGAUGCACUUGGAUGCGGGAAGAUAUACAAUGUGGCUAACCCUUUUGAUUGGAUGGAGUUGAUCUCGCUGCAAGGGAAGACGAAUUUCUUUGAGAAGAGAGUUGGAGAGUACCAGAAGGCAGCUGUUAUGUCUAGUCUUAAUGGAAAUGGUGGAACCCAUGUGUUUAAGAUGGAUGAGGAUUUCUAGGAGCUUUAAUGGCUUGAUUUUGUUGUAUUUAAAAGCUGUUAGGUUUCUACAUGUCAUCUUUUAUUUUUUGUUUUUUAUUUGUCCGUUCACCUUUAUUUCCUUAGUCUGUGAAAUUAAUAAAAAGGGAUAAAUUUCGUGA